AUGUCAUCAUUGGUGUUGACAGAAAUAAGCACUCAGAUGUCCUGGUUUAGCGGCCCAGUGUACAGUCGAUACUGGCAGCACUACCAGCAGGCGAUGGCCUGGCACCAAAGGCACAGGCAAGCUUACCAGAAGGCCUUAGAGGCUGCUUACGGCCCCAUCUACCACUGCCAGCAGCACCCCGACAGCCAUGAACGCUACGCAGACUGGCGCCCGUGUGAAAGUGAGAGCGAAGAAGGGGCGAGUAGCUCGGACUCUGAGAUCGAAUGUGACGUCAGCAACAUGGAGAUCAGCGAGGAUCUUCGGCAGUAUUUUGCCCAAACGGAGAAACACAGGGAGGAGCUAAGGAAGCAGCAACAAAUAGAGGCCGAGCAACAGGACAGCUACGUCCCAGCCGAUCAGGACUUUCGUAAUAGCUUCCAGAAAGCCAGUGUGGCCCCGCCCUCCGAGCGGCCAGGUGAGAGGCGCAAGGCUGAGAUGAAGAAGCUGUACGGGGAGGAUGCGGCUAAGAUUAUGGCCAUGGAGGCUGCCAUGCAGCUGGCUUUUGACAGAAACUGUGACCUGAAACAACCCAAGUAUUGGCCUGUCAUCCCCCUCAAACUUUAG